AUGCUGGUGUUGGUGCUGGUGGCGGCGGCGACUAUGCGGCUCUGUCCGCUGGUCAGAGCUCAGCCGCUGUGCCGUGCUCGCACAGUGAGGACAGGAAAAGUGUUAAAUACCGUGCAGAAAGUUGAUGGGGACGUCCUGUAUUUCCCAUCAACGACAACACGCGUGAUUAAACAUCCUUGCCAGAAAAAUGUAGCUGUAUAUCUUGGCCUGCAGGGAGUCCAUAGCCAGGGGCUGGGUUCAGAGGAAGAGAGACAAAGAGAUUGGCAGGUUGGCGUGCCAACAGUGACAUCAGCCCAUUUUGUUGGUUCAACGUUGCUGUUAGUAGUGAAUCGGAAAGUCUAUAUUUAUAAUUAUAAAGAUUCUUCCUGGAAGGUGCCUAUUGGUAUACAACACCCUGUUUCUCACAUUUCUGGUGAUCAUUGUUGUUUCCUUGAAAAUGUCUUUUGUGUGGAUAUGAGUAAUACGAUUUUCGCAUAUUUGCGUGGAGAGCCGGUACCUCAGGCCCAUAUAUAUAAGUCAAACACUGGGGGACGCAGAUUUAAGGAGUAUACCUAUGUAGGACAGGCAGAAUUAUUCGGGUCUUUGGGUGGAAUCUUCCAUCUUUAUAGCCUGACCCAGAUCGGGCUGCUUAUCAUCGACAGACAGAAGGGCACGUUCAAGUACUCACAACACCCCCUCAACCGGAGCCUAGGGCUGGCCUUUGACUACCACGAGACACUUGACGUCCUCGUCAUCCCAGGCCACAGAGGCCUUCUGAUCCUUUGGUCUGAGAAGAGCCUGUUGUAUUCCCACAACUCAGGUCAGCUCAUCGACUCCAUCCCAGUGAAGAGAGGAGAGCAGAUCUUGUACCGUUCCCUCUUGCAAGCCAACGUCACCAUCCACACCGUCGCUUUCAAUGAAAACGAACUGGCGGUUUUAACCAAGGAGGAUCAUUUGUAUUACGGCAGUCUGAGGCUCCUGUCAAGCUCUAUAAUCAAAAUAGAAUAUCUAGAUGGAGACUUUAUAGACAAAAUGCACACGAUCGAUAUGCACAGUGAGCUGGUGUUUUCUGCAACUCUCAUAACCGGGCUGGGCACGUCCCCGAUCCCGCUGGUGAUGGUGAGCAACCCGCACUCCCUGGGGCUGCAGGCCUCCAUGUCAGAGAAGGGCAACACCCUGGACGGGGCCAUCCUGUACCGACUGGACAUUUACUUGAAGCAGCAGCAGCACUGGGGCAGGACGGACCCCAACUUCACGUCCAGUGUCUCACCGCGUUCUCCUGUUCGCAGCAAAAUCUCAGCCUGUUCCCAGGGCGUCCUGGACCCCGUAACCCUUCAGGACAACUACAGUUACAUCAUCGAGAACUACUGUCACCUGCAGACCAUCUUCAGCAUCUACGUGUACGGGGCCUACCCGCUGCCCAUCCUGCCCCCGGGGCUCACCAUCGCGACGCUGGUGGCCAGCAUCCUGCUGUCCGUGUGGCUGGCCUACAGGGUCCCCAGGCUGCGGCACACCGAGAAGGGCCACAGGAUCCAGAGGUGGAAAAAAGGUCAUUUCCAGGAGGUGAUCCAAGCCGAGUACGUCCUGAGGGAGGUGAGCGGGGUGUUCACCUACUCCUACUCCCUGACGGCCAAGGCGGCGCGGUGCGUGUCCCAGCCGCAGAACUGGACCACCAUCAUCCAGGAAACAGGAGGGCCCUUCUGGGACAGAGAGAACUACAAGAGCUGCCACGACUCGGAAGACAUCACCCCCUUGCAGUGGCCAGACGUCCAGUACCAGAUCUUGGGUGGAAGGACACAGAACUCGAUCAUUUUUGACCAAAGGAACGGCAUCUACGUCUUCUUCCUGUCCAUCGUGGAUCCGUACUACAGGUGA